GUUAGAGCGCCAGGAGAAAAAGGAGCCGUCAUAGUCCCAGCCGAGUCUCGGGAAGACCCCGCAUGUUUCAAACGAAAAUUUGCAAUCCACAACAAGACGAUGGAAAGGCACAAGUUUCACACUCGAAAUCAGAAGCAAGGAGCGUGCGUUACUGCCUGUCGCGACAUUCCUGCGGAUGUGCGGGAAGGUGGGAGAUCCUUCUGGGUGAGAGCAGCAAAUGGAAUGACAACCCCAGUUCCUCAGUCUCAUCCAGUCUGGAUACGGGACCCUGAAGGAGGAAGUUGUUGCAUUCCCAUUUUGCUGAUGCCAAAUUGCCCUGUUAAUUUACUUGGAAGAGAUGCUCUCACUGCUCUUGGUCUUUCCCUAGUGUCUCUUGGUGACAAAAUCGUUGUCAAAAGGCGACACCAAUUACAAGUUUUUGGUCAAUUUCUGUAGCUGCCAUAAGAAAAUGCACUGAUACGGAACGUUUUGAGCCAGGCUCUGUUUCCAAGUGGGAACCAAUUUUAGUUUUUGUGUUAGCGGUUCCUUUUUGAGAGUUACACAAGGGCGAGUGUCUGAUUUUGAGCCACGGGGUGGCAACGUUUUCCGUUUGCAUAAGCAAGUGAUGAAGAAUGCAAGGAAUGCUUAUUUUGUUUCUUUUCUGAUAGCAUUUUUGUUUAUUGGUGAAACCAGAGUUUUGAAGACCUGUAUUGUCAAGAUUUACGUUUUUCUUCGUUUUCUCCCUCGAGCAAAUGCGGCAAUGAGUUCUCACGGCAUGUGUGUGGAGAAGGAGUUGAAUAAAUGCCCGUUUUGAAGAACUGCUUGUACGCCUGAUUGACAAGAGGGAGCUACAGUGAGAACUCAGCCAACCCGGCCCCAGAACAAGACGGUGUUCGGCAGAGCUACAAGCAAGUCACUUCACAUACCUCUUCCAUCGGACAGAUAAGAGACUGUACAUUCACCUGCCUACACAAGUAGCUACCUGAGUCCAGAGAGCUUUGGGUGCCAGUCAACAAUAAGUAAAACAUUUGAACAAGUUAAAUGUUUAAAGGUGGACUAGCCUCAAUUGCUGUAAAGGGACCUACAAGUGCUAAAUUGUGCAAUGUUAUGGUGAUGUGUGCAUGUUGUAAGGUUUAAGUGCUUGCUUAUUUGCACCUAGUAAAGUCUGAUUGAGGUGUGAACAACCAUUCAUAGCAUUUGAAAACAAGUUCAUUUGCGAACAUUUAAAGGUGUAGAACAGUGGUUCCCAAAGUGGGCGGUACCGCCCCCCUGGGGGCAGUGGAAAGAUCGGGGGGGGCGGUGAGGAAGAAAGGGGCGGUAGGGGGGCGGCAGUCCGAAGUCUACGUUUGUUUGACUGAAAACAAAAACGACUGAAAAUUACUGACCGCGGGGACCUACAACUUCUUAGUGAGUUCCAGCCUGAUGUUGAGAAGCUUAUGUCCCUGCACCAAGCACAUCCAUCCCAUUAAUAUUAAGUCUGAGACAAUGAAGGUUACUGGUGGAAUGUUUAUUUACCAUUCUAUGUUGCUGAAACAGUUAAAACUGCUAAAAAAUAAAUUGGUUUACUAAAUUGGGUUUUAUUUGUGAAAUACACAUUUGUGUUUAACCUUUCUCUUUUCAAAUUGCAGCAUACCAAAUAUCAAGAAAGAGGUGUUUGUUUCCAUAUGUGUCUGUGUGGGGGGGGCGCUAGGAAUUCACUGGGGAGCCAAGGGGGCGCCAGCCUGCAAAAGUUUGGGAACCAUUGGUGUAGAACAACAUUUAAGUGAUUAAGUCAUUGCAAUGAAAAUUAAGUUUAUUGUACAUUUAGUCAAUAUAUUAGACAGGUCGGUUGAUAAAGUAAAUUACAGGAGUCAGUAGUAAUUCAAGAUAGCCUACUGUAGUCAAGUGAUAAAACUACAUCAUUACAUUAGUAAAUCAGAUUUAUACUUGAGUUUAAAGAAAAUCAGUUCAUAUAGCUUAAAUUUCAUGCAAAAUCGUAAUAAAAAAUAAUAGAUAAAUUAAUAAUCUUAAUAAAUACUGAGUUCAUGAGACUUCCUAAAAAUGGAUGUGUCCAAGAUAGAAGGGAUAACUCCAAUCUUAGAAGGCAUUGAGGAUGCUGAUAGUGAGCAAGCAGAUAAAACUCUUAAGGGGGAGACUGAAAUAAGUGAAGGCAAACAACCUGCCCCAGAAGAUGAAAUAAGAAGAAGUGAAAGAUCAAGAAAGCUCACUGAGAAGGGACAAGAACUCGAAGAGACUAAACUCAAAGGUCUCCAACAUCGUUUCUCACGUACCUAUGACAAGUGGAAGAUUAUUGCUAAGAAAUCAAGGAAGGAGAUAGAGGGAGCCUCUUCUCAAGAGAACCUACAAACUCUCAUCAACAAGAUAAAAGAAGCAUCAAAUGAUGUACAGCAGGCGUACGAAGACCUGCGCAAAUGCAUAAUCCCUGAUAAAGAGACACGCCGUCGAACAGACACCUGCGACACUGUCUCAAGGCAGAUAUUAGAGCAUGCUUGGAAUCAUCUCCAAGACAAAGAUAACGAGCAAGAAAGAGUGGUUUGAGACUGGCUCUGUGUUCUCAUUAGAAGUAUCAGAAGCAUGCAGUGCAAGCUCAAGAUCAUCACUCUCAAGUAAAUCCUCAUGUAAAUCUUCAAAAAUAAGUGAAGCUGCAGCAGAAUUAGCAGCAAAUGAAGCCACUUUGGAAGUCCAAGAGCAAGUGGAGCGUGAGGAACGUGAACUCAGAAACCUAGAAGCUGAGUACAGACAAAGGCUUGUGCAACAAGAAAAGGAACGUGCACAAGAAGAAGAGCAAUGUAGACAAAGGCUUGCACAACAAGAAGAAGAAUGUGCUGCAAAUAAACAGGUCUUGGAAGAAAAGCGCAGACAGAUAGAACGCUUAGAGACCAUAAAAAAGAUGAAUGCCGCCAAGGCCAAACUAGAAGUGUAUAAACAAGAACAAGGCUCAACCUCAGACUUGCUGGAUCUAUUCAAGGAUUAUAAGACCAAACGAGAAAGGCUUACAUUCGACUCAAAACCUGCUGUCACGCCACAACUAAUCACAAGGAUGCAAUCUUCUAUAACUACUCCCAAAGAGGAUAGCACAACUGAUUUUGCCAAGGUACUAGCAGAGUCCUUCAGUGUAAGCCGUCUCCCAGCACCAGAGCCUGCUGUUUUCAGUGGAGAUCCACUAAAGUACAAGGGCUGGAAAAUGUCCUUUCGAACGCUGAUAGGCAGAAAGAAUAUACCAGCGAACGAAAAAAUCUACGACCUACAAAAAUAUGUUGGCGGACCAGCAAGGAAAGCCAUUGAGGGAUACUUCCUUCUGGGAACAGAUGCAGCCUAUCAGACAGCGCUCAAUGUCCUGGAAAAAAGAUAUGGAAGCUCCUUUAUGGUUGCUAAGGCUUUCAGAGAUAAGCUGGCCUCAUGGCCAAAGAUAGGACCCAAGGAAAGCAUUCAGCUACGAGAGUUCUCAGACUUCCUUCAAGGCUGUCAAGCAGCCAUGUCGCAAAUAAAGAGCCUGGAGGUCCUUAACGACUGUGGUGAAAACCAACGAAUGCUCUCCAAGCUCCCCGACUGUCUUACAGCAAGAUGGAACCGAAGGGUGACCAGGAUGGGAAAGGAAAAUGAGACUUUCCCCAGCUUCGAUCAGUUCGUGGAAUUCGUCACAGAGGAAGCCGAUAUAGCUUGUAAUCCGAUUACCUCCCUUCACGCUCUGAAGUCUGGAGAUGGUGGAAAGGAGAAGCCACAAAAAACACGAAGUGUUUGUGCUAAGGUGCUAGCAAGUAGCUCUGAAGAGAAAACAGAUGCUAAACUCUAGAGUCUAGAGCAUUUUCUAUUCGGACUCCAGAGCUUUGGAAUGCCCUACCAAUGGAUAUUAGAACUGCUACCUCAGUAGAAACAUUUAAGACACGUUUAAAGACACAUUUCUAUGACAUGGCCUUUAACUAACCUGUAGUGGCCGAUUCGGCUGGAGUUUGUUUUCUCUCCCUCUCCACCUCCCCCCUCCCCGGCCGGGGAGGUGGUUAGGUGGCACCCAUGCUGACAGCGGCUAUCUGGAUUCUCGUGGGUCAAUUCAGGAUGGGGGAACUGCAGCUCAACCUCCUCGUAGACACUGCCAGGACAAUUGAGGGCUCCUUCGGCAGCCCUCUGCUCUGACAUGGACAUCCACCUUUUAUUUCAUUGAUGUUCAUGUUGUAUCAUUUGUGCCCUCUCUGCAUCCAUUCCAACCUGGUGAUCCUGAAAGGGGGAUCCUUCCAUCUGUGGUCCCUUCUCAAGGUUUCUCAUUUUCCCCCAGUAGGGUUUUUUAAGUUUUUCCUUGCCCUUUUGGGAGCUUAAGAUCAGGGGAUGCUUCGAGAAUAAUUGUCAAUUUCUGUCUAUGUGAAGCCCUUUGAGACUGCUUGUGAUUUAGGGCUAUACAAAUAAACUUGACUUGACUUCUCUGGGCAACAGGGCCUGAGAACAGUUGUAGCCUAUGAGCAGGCCAAUCUCACAGUCACAUAAAGGAGUGAUCUCUCCAGCAAGGUGCUCUAGGUGAGGCCAUGAUCUUGCUGUCUCAGGUAUGGGGACAUGACUUAGGUUGCAGGAAUAAACUCUCUUGUGUAGGUUACACGUAACCUCUGACCUGCAGUCCAGUUAACUUCUGACUCUGGAUGACGGUAUCUUUGGAUGACAUCGUGGAGAGCUUUAAUGGCACAGGCUGUUUCUUUGUAAUUAACACUUCUGCCGUUUC